AUGUUCAUGCAGAUCAAAGUGCGCAAAGAAGAUAGAGACGUUUUACGUUUCUUAUGGAGAGGCAAGCGGCGGGAGGACCAACCGGAAGAAUAUAGGAUGACAUCAAUCAUCUUUAGAGCGACAUCAUCACCGUGCACAGCAUUAUACAUCAAAAAUAAAAAUGCUGAAGAACAUGCAGAAGCAUACCCAGAAGCUGCGGUCGCCAUAAAAAGAAAUCACUAUAUGGACGACUACUUGCAGAGCUUCCACUCUGUCACGGAAGCUCAGCAAACGGUAAAAGCAGUCGAUCACGUCCACAAACAAGCGGGAUUCGUACUCAGCGGGUGGACAUCGAACGAAGAGAAAACAAUAGAAGAAAUAAAGACAGAACAUAAACAACACGACGCGACCGUGAGCCUGGGCGGAAAAGAAACUGAGAAGACGCUCGGCCUGCUUUGGCAUGUACAAAGCGAUCAUAUUGGAUUUAAUACUCACAAUAUGAAGAUGCCUGCCGACGUAAAAGAAAAACAACGCUUGCCAACUAAACGUGAAGCGUUGAGCGUCAUAAUGGCUUUAUUUGAUCCACUGGGAUUAAUAUCACCAGUGACCACCCCAGCGAAGAGAAUAUUCCAAGACACAUGGCGUUACAAGGCGGACUGGGACGACCCUCUGCCCACGGAAUUAAAAGAAAAAUGGGAAGACUGGAUUACUUCACUUAACGCCAUAGAACAACUGAGAAUACCGCGAUGCUACGAUUACAACCCGGUGUCGACGCGCCAACUACACACAUUGGUCGACGCAAGCGAGGAGGCCUAUGCAGCAGCCGUGUAUUGGAGAACGGAGCGAGCAGACGGCAGCGUUAACGUAUCAUUGGCUGCCGCCAAGAGCCGCGUAACACCACUGAAGCCAGUCUCCAUACCACGGCUCGAAUUACAAGCAGCACUGCUGGGAGCUCGUCUCGCGCAGACCGUGGUCGAUGAGCACGAUGGUGAUAUAGCGGGCAAGACAUACUGGUGCGACUCUCGUACAGCACUGGUAUGGAUAAGGUCGGAGCCUCGCGCGUACAAAGCUUUCGUCGCUCAUCGCCUGGCGGAGAUAGAAGAUACGACCAAGAAGAACGAAUGGCGUUGGCUACCGUCUAAAGAAAACGUGGCAGACGACGCGACCCGAUCCACGCCAGAAAGAUUCAACGAGUCGCACCGGUGGUUCCGAGGGCCCACGUUUCUGCAACGUCCACUAGCAGAAUGGCCGCAGGAAGAGAAAACGACACAAUACGACACCGGGGAAGAACGAGAAGUGUGUAACAUUGCAGUUAAAAGGGUAGACUCGCCAACAACACAUCUGCCACAAAUAGAAAGAUUUUCAAAAUGGAUUCGCCUCAUAAGGGCGACAGCGAGAGUCCUCCUAUUCAUCGACAUGUGCAGACCAAACAAGCACUUGGUGAAGGCUGGGCGUAAACGCAACCGAGCAAGACAAGAUAGCGACCCUGGCUGGCAAAGAACAAACAAACGCAACACCCCAGCCAAGGAGAAAAAGGCAACUCCUACUGUCUCAUCACUUGUAGGAAUACCGGCCGCUUAUCACGUAAGAGCCGAACAACUGUGGGUGCAAGCCAGUCAGCGGGAAAGCUUCACGAAGGAGCUCAAGAGGAUCGCAAACGGAAGUGUUCCGGGAGGUGACGACAAAUUAGGCCACCUGAGCACAUACAUCGAUGAAGAGGGGACCCUACGCCUCAGAGGUCGAAUAAAAGCAGCAUCAGAAGUAGAAGAGGACACGUGCGACCCUCCCAUACUAGACAGGAAGCACGCAUACACUCGUCUGUACAUAACCCACGUACACGAGAGGUUGCAUCACAGCGGCGUGGAAACAGUCGUGAACGAAUUAAGACAGAGACUGUACAUAAGAAAAAUACGUCCAGUGGUGAAAACUGUCGUCAAAAGCUGCCUACCGUGCCGUCUAAGGAAAGCCAAGCCUGCAUCACCAUCUACAGGGAACCUGCCGUCCGCACGUCUCGCUCAUCAUGCACGUCCGUUCACAUACACCGGACUGGACUACUUCGGGCCAAUAGAAGUCACAGUGGGACGACAUCGUGAAAAGCGCUAUGGCGCGUUAUUCACCUGCAUGACAUACCGAGCAAUACACAUAGAGGUAGCCCACUCUUUAAGCGCUGACUCAGCCGUAUCGGCGCUCAGACGUUUUAUGAGCAGAAGAGGAUGCCCAAAGGAAAUAUGGAGUGACAACGCUACGUUCUUCAAGGCAGCCGACAAGAAGCUGGCCGAAGCAGCACUCGCAGCCCUCGAGCAUGAAACCACAUGUCGACAAAUUGUGUGGAAGUACAUACCGCCAUCAGCACCGUUCAUGGGCGGCGCGUGGGAGCGAAUGGUUCGCUCCGUGAAAGAAGCUCUACGCGUCACCCUCAACGAGCGCUAUCCCAGUGACCAGACCUUGGUGACCCUGCUCGCCGAGGUCGAAAACACGGUCAACUCAAGACCUCUCACACACGUCUCAGUCGACCCAGGAGACUCAGAAGCCAUCACGCCGAAUCACAUUAUCAUCGGUCCCAACUCGCACGUACCUGCGCCGGGACACUUCAGCGAGAGUGACGUGACGGCCCGCCAGCAGUGGAAACGAGCUCAAGCCCUGGCCGACGUGUUUUGGAGAAGGUGGGUAAAGGAAUACCUGCCCCUACUCCAACACCGGCGGGAGCCCAGCAGCAUAGGCGUAUCACCGAAGAUUGGGGACCUAGUCAUCAUUUGUGACUCCAAUCUACCACGCAACAUCUGGCCCAGGGGGAAAAUCAGCAACGUGUAUCCUGGCGUCGACGGAGAGGUACGAGUAGUGGACGUAACUACAAGCACGGGGCAUGUACUACGAAGACCGACAAAGAAGCUCGUCGUGCUACCAGAGGGAUCGCAGUGUGGCGACGGCGGGAGAAUGUGCACGACGCAAACAUAG